AGAAAUUAUAUAAUCUUCGAUAGCUCAUGAGCAAUAACACUUAAAUUUAAUUAAAAUAAUAAAGUAAGAUCUAAUUAAAUGUCAAGAUAUAUGGCAAUAAAAUAAUAAAGUCUAUAAAAAAAAAAAAUAUAAGUGCUAUUGAGGAUUUAAAUGAACUCCCGAGCGGUCAAAAUGGACGAUUAAUUUAUUGGAAUUAUUGGAGCAAUGCCACUCGUAAACCAACGGAAUAAUAAUAAUUAUUAUUUUAUGAGAGCAAAGUUCAGCAGUAGUUAAAUAUAUAUAAAAAUGUGCCUGAGUUAUUGAGAAAAUAAAAUAUACCAAAAGUUUGUGUCGAGCUAAAAAUAUAUAUAAAUACUCAAGAAUAAUUCUAAGAAAAUUUAAGAAUAGAAUCAUUGAUUAAUGUACAAUACGAUGCCCGCUCCUCCAGCACCGAUAGCAAGUCCCCAGCAGCCUCCGGGUUGUAAGAAAAAAACAGAAACUAAUGAAUCAGAAAAUUUACCACCUUGGGCUAAAAUAACUCUAACGUCAUCUGAGGCUGAGAUUGAAAAGUUGAUUGCCAGACACGCAUUAAAGGAUGCCGAAGUCACGUAUUUUUCUCAAGUCGAGCCGAUUCUGCAGGACGGACCGCAAUGCGGACUGGUUGCUCUGGCAAUGGCAUCCCAAGAAUACACCAAGCCAGUGUCUGUAACUCAGCUAUUAGCAGAAGCACGUGUGCGUGGUUUUACUCAGCACGGCGAGGUUUAUAGUGUUGACUUUAUGGGAACAUUAGCCGCUGAAUAUUUACCAGACCAUCGGCCAGAUGUACUUGUCGAUUUACAAACAUGUCCUGAUACCCUGACUCACGCAUUAGCACACGGAGCUAUGGUGCUUAUUCCAUAUGACUCUGAUUUUAAUCAUGCGCCGUGUUUGAAGAGAGGACAUAAAGCUCAUUGGGCUCUUCUAGUUGGCUUGAUAUCUUCUCGACAAGGCUAUUAUGUACUCGCAAGACACGGCAAGUCACGGCAUUUAGCUUGCUGGCCCUUGAGAGAUUUAAUUGAGAGUAAUGGGAAUUUAGAGGAAGAAGGCACCGCAAGGCAUGCGGGUGGUUACGUAAUUCCGAAAGGAGGUGUAGGUGGACAAAGAGGCCUCCGCGGUCGUGCUCUGGCUCUACAUCCGUAUGUAUGAAACAAUGUUAAUAUGAUGCGUCAUACAAGUGCUCGUUAUCAUCGUGGGAAAUAAAUCUCGACGCAUCGGUAGUGAGUAGCCAUCAUUGAAAUCUGUAAUUUUGCUUCAACUACGAUAAAAACAAAA